UGUAAACAUGGAGGGAACGCGUAUGUCAGGAAAUCACCAACAAUUUGCGGUUGGAGAAGCAAAUCAGAUGGUGAUGGCUUGAUUGACGCCAUUCGUGGCUCUACCGCGAUAACCAUAUCUAAUAACUACAUGACAGAUCAUAAUAAGGUCAUGCUCUUGGUACAUAAUGAUAAUUAUAAACAAGACAAGAACAUGCAAGGUACAAUAGCUUUCAAUCAUUUCGGAGAUGGCCUUGUUCAAAGGAUGUCGAGAUGCAGACAUGGAUAUUUUCAUGUCGUGAAUAACGACUACACUCAGUGGCGAAUGUAUGCCAUAGGAGGAAGUGCAGGACCAACUAUCAACAGUCAAGGUCACUAAACGCGAGAAGGCAGCAGAAAAUGAAUGGAAGAAAUGGAAUUGGACAUCAGAAGGUGAUUUGUUUAUGAAUGGAGCUCGAUUUGUAAACUGGUCGUGUUUGUAAGGUAUGGCAAUGUGGUAGUGGGGUUGAAUGGCUUCACAUAGAACCUGAUCAGUACUAAACAACAAGGUUUUUGUAUUAAGCUAUCAAAGUUUGUGUCUUAUGCUAUCAAGCUAUAAAACAACAAGUUUUAUGUCUUAAGAUAUCAAGCAUUGCCAUUUAGAAUAUGAUUUAUUCUAGGUGUUUCUGCGGCUUAAGCUAUCUAAGCUUUUGCCAAUUUUUAUUAAUUGGAUUUGCUGUAGUAGUGGAUAAAUUUAUGGGCUUUCUUUGCAUGAGCGCAGUCUAAUGGUAUUUGUUAUCUGUUAUAUUGGGUUCAAGUUUGAGGGACACUCGCAAGAAAUUGCAUAUUUAACAUCAUUCAUCUGAAUGUUGAACCUUAAUUUGAUGCUUUUCUUCGUAGUUUAAGCCAUUGUAGAAGUCGUUCUCUACUUCAUGACGCCUACUUCUAGACUUCGGCUGAUAUGGUCAUGCGCUCUACACUCUCUCUAUUUUUGGUGUUCUCAUAAGGUCAAA